AUGCAAUCAUCUUCAUCAUAAAUCAUCCAAUACACAAUGUCUAAAAUUGAAGAAAGCUUCUUAGAAUUAAGGUCUCAAAUAGAAGUAAUUAUCAUUUUCUAUUAUUUUCUAGUCUUCUUUCGAUGAGAUUGAUGAAUUAAUUGACUCAAUUCAUCUUAUUCCCUAUAAAUAAGUAACUAAAACAAUUGAAUCUAAACUUGAAUUGCCUUAAUUUCCCAAAUUUUCUAUCUCAGAAUUUGAUUAAUUAUAACAAAUUCAUGAGAGUUUGAAACCUUUGUUUGAUAAGAUUAUCAAAAAUAGAAUUGAACUUUAAGAGUAAAAGUUAAAUUAAACUAACUUCGAAUAGAAUAUAGUUGAUGAAGAGGAAGAAUCUGAUCAAAAAAAAAAUAUUUUUAAAGAAGAGAUUGAUUCUGAAAAUUAGUAAAUCAAAUAAUCUAAUAAUCUUUUAAAUGAAGUAAACAGUAUUAAGUUAUUAUCUAGACAUAAAAGGAAGUGAUAUAAGUUGAGAAUGAAUAGAAUUAAUUGGAAUUGCAAGCUUUAUGA